AUGACAACACUAUCGCUGCUGAAGAAUAAGGAAGAGUUCGGGUCACUGAAGAUCAAACCACUGUUUUGCCAAAAACCGGAUUUCAAUUCUCACCACAAAUGGCUGUUAAAUGAAUUGAUUCAGUGGUCCAAAGGGUUCGCCGAUCAUAACCAACAGGAUAUGGAAAUGUGCGCUAAGUUUAUGUGUUAUAUGUAUAGCGGGUGCCAACAGAAGGACAGGUUGUUAGCGAUGACUAAAUGGGGCUGUUUUACCAAAACUAUCGAUGAAUACACGGAACCGUCUCGUAAAGAACGAUCGGCGCCUCUUAUGGUAGAACUCAUUGAGAAACUGUUGACCACAUUAUUGACCGGACGUUCAGAUCCAAAGUUUUUAUUGGGCCGCCGAUUGUUGGACUCUUUGGAAGCGUUGGAUGUGUUUAUGACUAGAGAUCAAAAAACAAAAAUGAGGGAUAGUUUGAAGGAAACGUUUGAAUCAACUGCGAAAAUACACUGCGAUUAUUGGCUUCAGAAUCGGUUCAUACCAUACGAUGAGUACUACGAACUCAGAAGCAAAGAAGCGUUUUGGCCUGUGUUUCACUUAAUGGCGGAGAUUAGUGUGGACUACACUCCACCGGAACCGGUGCUCAGGUAUAUACCGGUAAAUAAAUUGCUCACUUCGGCCGUACGACUAUCUCUGGCAGUGAAUGACUACAUGAUGUUUGUGCCAAAAAUGGCCGUAAAUGACAUCACCUCAGGUGUGAUGUCCUACGCCUGGACCAAGAAAUGCACGAUUCAGACAGCAAUCGACUCACAGUAUGAGCUCAUUAAGGACUUGCAGAUAGAGUGUCGGUCACUGUCUCGGACUAUAGCCGACAAAUUAGAUCCAGACUUUCAGACGCCGGCACUUCUGGCGUAUGUGAAUGCAGUGAUAGAUAUAUCAAAUGGUUUUUAUUCAACUGUUUCGGAGAUAUUCAAGUGGGAAGAAAAGGAUGGACUGAUUGUGUGCCAUAAAUGGGAUCAACUGAGACAACAACUCUUGGAUUCCAAUAAUAAGUAUGAAUACUGGGGUUCUUCUUCUGGUAUCGGCGCCGCUAUAGCCAUAAAGUUGUGGUCUUUGGGCGCGAAUGUAGUCAUCACUGGAAGGAAUGAGAAACGGAUCCAAGAAGUGGUCAACAAAUGCCAGAAUCGGGACAAUCAGAGAGCGCUUGGAAUGAGAGCUGACUUAUUGGUGGACAAAGAUAUCGAGCAAUUAGUGGCGAAGAUUAUCAAAGAGUUCGGCAAAAUUGAUAUUCUGGUCAAUAACGCCGGUAUCGGAACUACUGUCCAA